AUGCGGCUUCUCCUUCUCACCUUAGGACUCUUUGUCCUCUACGUGGCCGCUGAAGUCCAGCUCGAGAACAACGAGGAUGCAGCCAUCACUGAAUUGCAAGUUGACGAUGACAAAGACCUGACCAUCACCGAUGAAGGAUCUGCUUUGGAGCGAACCAAACGAGGCGUUGAUCUCUUCGGUCUUCUUAAACCGAAAACCAAUAAGAAGAGCAAGGUAGAGCAGUUGAAGCCUAGACGCAACACAAUCGUCUCGGGCCGUCAAACGGCCGUGCCCACCGUCUCCGCCCACAGACGCAACCAGAAGCGAGCAGCUCGUCGUCGUGCAGCCGUCCGCAGACGUUUCUCCAAAGGCCUCCGCCGCAGCACCGCCAAACGACGCAGACACGCACUGCGGGCUCACAGAGCUCGUGGACGCAAACUUCGCAAGGUUCGCAGAACCCGCAAGCUCCGUAAGCUCCGCAAGGCCGCAAGGGUUCGCAGAGCCCGCAAGCUCCCUCGCAAGGCUCGCAAAUCACGCAAGGCCAAGUCCGCCAAGACUGCCAAGACUGCCAAGACUGCCAAGACUGCCAAGACUGACAAGACCGCCAAGAAGACCGACGCUCCAGCAAAGAAGCCAGCAGCCAACACUGCUGCCCCUACCGCUACUGCCGCCUAA